AUGUCAUCUCUGACUCGGAGAGGAGACAGAUUUCCUGGCUCGGUCAGAGGAACACAGUGGAGCUCAGAAGUGCAGCAUCACAUUGAGCCCGCCGGCUUUUUAGCAAGUAUUAAAGGGAAAGGCUCCGGCUGCCAUCCCAAGGAGCGCCCCACUCCUGAGGGUGCCGGAGGGUCCAGGGGCGACCCAAAUCGGAAUAUGUGCCAGAGAGCAGACGCUGUCCCGUCCUACAAGUCUCUCCCUGGAUCCGUAGGAGCCCGCAUCAUGUCCUUAGGCAGUGGGACUCUGUGUAGAGGCACUAUGAAUCCUGGCUUUGGGAGGUCUGAUCGGAAAGUUGCGUGUUGUGAGAAGUGCUCAGCGACCCUUGUUGCUCUGAAGAAGCAAGCUCUGAGUCUGGCUGUGCACCAUCACUUCUCUUGCAAGGAUUCAGGUGACCUGUGUGCGUUCCUUCAUGAGAACCUCCGCAUCCAUACCCGGUCCACCACAGAGGCCAGGGACAGAGAAAGGGAGCAGGGAGAGUGUGGAGUCUGCGGUACAAACGUGAUCCAGCUCAAGCAAGAAGCUGUCCACCUGGCUCUGAGCAGGGGUCAGUCAUUAGCUAACCCUCCCUUUGAACUCGGCCUCAGCGCUGGCACACUGCUGGGACAAAGUGAGACAAAACACGGAGACAGAGCUCCAAGAGAAGCUGCCAUGGCUGUGCAACAACCACGCAGUCGGACCGACAGCCCUCACAGUCCCCGGACGCCUCGGAGCCCCAGGACGCCUCAAAGGACCCCUCAAACCCUCAGACGGAGGGGACCCAAGCCCCCCAGCCACGAUAUGGACCGCUGGGUAGAGGAGCAGCAGCAGCUGGUCUCUUCUAGCACUAAAGCUGUGUCCAAUACUGAUGCUGUCACCAUCUACCCUAACCAUCAGGCUGCAGAUGAUGCCGCAUUAAGCCUUGGUGAUGCUGGGAUCAUACAGACAAGCUCCAAAAUGCCUCACAUCUCCAGAGUGGUGAACAUCGCCAACACUGCUGCCAUGUCUUUUUUGGCCAAGGCAGCUGAGAAGCUCAACCUGACAUCGAGGAAAAAAGGCCAAGCUUCUGAUCCAGCUCCUGCUCAUUUCUCCACCUGCUUCAGGGAGAUGGUCCAGAAAAACCCACCGCCCGUCCCCUCCUGCCUGCUCCAAGCUGCCACCAGAACCAAAGACUCGCCCAAUGUUGGCAAGGUCAAAGUUGUGCUUAGGGUGAGUCCAACACUGUCACAGGGCCAAGGCCAACCACCUGUUCUCCGAGUCGACCAGUCCAAGAAAAGGGUCACCAUAAUGGAACCAGUCGGGCAAAGCCAACCACACAUGAUGAUGACACUCGGCAGGGAUGGCAAAAAUCCUCUGAAGACUGUAAACUUCGAUGCCACCUAUCCUCCAGAGUCUAGCCAGGCCGAGGUGUGUGCAGGCGUUCUGGCUGAUGUCAUCCGUUGUGUGCUCAGCGGCAGCGAUGGAUGUGUCCUGGGUUUGGGCUUUGCUGAUGUGGGGUCUUGGUCCAGCAUGGUCGGGAGUGAUGAGAGCAUCUGGAGGCUCGGGCUGAUUCCCUGUGCCAUCUCGUGGCUGUACAGCGCAAUCGAGCGGCGGAGGGAGAAGACCUGGACAGAUCUGACUGUGUCGGUCUCAGCUAUAGAGCUCUGCUGCGGAGAGGAGGACACACUGAGGGAUCUGCUCGGGGAGGUCAUCCCCUCAUUAGGCAGUAUCCAGGACAGCCCAACAGCCCAUAUUAGACUCCAAGAGGACCCUGUUUAUGGAAUACAGCUACGUAACCACAACCGGGUUAAGGCCCCCACUGCUGAGCGGGCUGCUUCUCUACUGGACGCCGCCAUUGCAGCGCGUCGGCACACAGAUUUCACUACCUUCCUGUCCGACAGCUCCAUAAUGUUCUUCACUCUCCACAUCCAGCCCCCUCGUACAGAAAGCAGCACCAUUGGGAAAGGUUCACGUGGCCCCACCAAGCUGACCCUGAUCGACGUUUGUAGUGGUAUGAGGGGAGGUGGACACAACAAUAGCAAGCAUAAACCUCCUCAUUCAGAACUGGGCCCUGUUGUUCUGUCUCUACUAAGUGGAAAUAAAACCAUCACCAAAAAGACUAGUAAGUUGACUCUGCUCCUUCGAGAGUCCUUGGGUCAUGUAAAUUGUCACACUACAGUGGUUGCUGAGGUGGCUGAUUCACUAACACACCUACAAGAAUCCUUAUCCACCAUCCAGCUGGCUUCUCGAAUCCGCAGGACACAGAAGAGGGCGAAGCAGUCCACUUCAUGUUCUCCUUGUGGGAGGAGUUUAACUAAAGAAAAGAGAGGGCCACAGUCUCUAUCCCUGCGGGCGUUCCACUCCACCGAAGAAGUAGAUGUUGACAUCCGUCAUUUCCGUCUGCGUGGCGAACUAGAUGAACGCUCCAGUAGUGACCAGUCCUGUGACACAGUCAUCCAAAUAGACUCAGAUGGCUUGGUCCAAUCUAAGGCGGCCCCAAGGUUUGCACAACCCGAAUUUGUGCCCAUCAUACCCUCUUUGCAUCCAAACAAGACUGACAUGGAUGACCCAGAGUUUACCGCUCUGCUCCAAGAGCUCCUGAGAAUUCCUCAGCUACAGGGGGAGAAGAAGAAAGAUGAAGCUGUUCAAGGGCAUAUUGAAGUGCUGAAAGCAGAAGUGAAGCAGCCAGAGAGGGACUGUCUUAAAUGUGACACGUUUGCUGAACUUCAAGAGCGCUUGGGCUGCAUCGACGGAAGUGAGAUAACAAUGGAUGUGCUCAAGUCUUGCUCAAAAGAUCUUUCUGUCACCAAUGUCACAACCAAAGCACAACCCCAGAAAGAAACAGGGAAACAGACAGACCCUGAAUCCUCAGAGGCACCACCGACGUUGAUUCAGGGGUUAGGCUGUAAUCAAACUGCUGUCGGAGAAAAGCAGACAGAUGGUGCCUUCCCUGGAGACAGCUUUCAGCGAGAGGAUUCAGGUCUAUAUGACUGUGAGGAGUGCAGUGCAACCAGUUCAAGUGAGGAACUGCUGAAUCAAACUCUCAGUCUUAACAUGACUUGUCGCUCUGAGUUGCCCAACCCUGGAGCUGUUAAGUCAGGUGAUAAACUCUCUUCUCAGGACUUUGGUGUGGAUGCUCAGGGCCUAGCUGCUAACAGUUCCCUUGCCUUUCCACUUGAGCCUACAAGUAAACAGGAGAACCAUGAAGCUGCUGAUUGGUUCAAACCAGACAAAAGGACCUCACCAGUUGGCAAGAGUUCCCCCAUAUCUCCUUCCUCUACCUGCUCCUCUUCAAACUCCUUGGCUACCAGUGUUAUAAUUGGGGACAGCUUACCUAAUCGCCCCAAAGAGGAUGUCAAGGAAAUGAAGGCCACUAUCACUGUAACUGUUCAACAACCACUGGACCUAAAAGGUCAAGAUGAACUUGUCUUCUCUAUGGUAGAGGAAGUGACCAUCAGUGGAGCCUUAAACAGAGGGAGGACAGGCGGGAACAUUAUUUGUAUCAGAGACAAUGCCCAGUCACCGGCACAUGCACAGUGCUCUGCAAGCUCUCAACCAAUCAGGAUUAUCAGCAAUGUCAGCGAAGAAUCUGCAGCUGCAGGUUCUUCUAAUACAGCCAAAAGUGCUGUCGUUGAGCCUGUAGUCACAGAGGCUAGCACUGAAAAGCCACAACAUCAAUUCAGACGGGAAAAGAGGUGCCUACCUUCAUUUAUAAAUCCCACACUGAUCGAUACAGAUAUGGAUUGUGAUUUGGAUGGUAUGAAAGAAAAAGAAAAUCCAAAUGACACUCUCACAGGAGUUAUGACACAGUCGGAGCUCAGAGGGAAUAACGCCAAAUGUCAAGAAGGCGCAAUGACUUUUGAGAAGAACAUUGGCGCUAUUGCUUCUAAGACACAUUUCAAAAAGCCUGCCAAGAUAUGUGACUCACCUUUAAGCCAAAUUUCCUAUGACUCAAUGGUCUUGGAAGAUUCAGCUUUCUGUGAUGAAACUGCAGAAAACAAAACAGGUGGAAAGAGACCGAGAAAUAAAGAUAAGAGCCACCCUAGAGACAGGGAACAUGUUUAUUCCACUAACACUCCAAGGGGCUUGCUGGGGGGAGAGCUCAUUUGCAGACAUGUUGGGAAUACCCCUAGGGGAAUUGGUGUUUCACCUGGUUGCCAAGAAACCGCCCUUGCUUCCUUUCAAACAGGUAGUCUACCCAGACGCUUGCAAAGUGCUACCCACCAGGAAAGCUACCAUGGCAGUCACGUGGCAGACAACCACACAGACCCAAGGGGGGUGACAUCAUCCACUCCGUGCAGCCCAGGGGUAACUCUCGAGAGGAGGCAGGGCAGACAGUUCUCCCCAGCUAAUCACAGCCUCUAUGCCUCCUCUUCUCUAAAAUAUGGAACAGAAUAUAAACAAGAAGUUUGUUUCCCCCCCAGAAAGGGUGUUGGAUCAUUGUUUGAGACCUCCAGCGUAAGCAUGAAACAUGAUAAUAUGAGUGGGAGGCAGAAGUCACCCAAUGAGGACAGUGGCAGGCUUUUCAGUGCCAAACUGGAGCAGCUAUCUUGCAGGACUAAUUCCCUUGAAAGGACCCCAAGAGACUUCCCGACCUUGGAUAGAGGCAGUAGUAACAGCUCUAUGAGUUCUAAGGGAAGUUCAAAGGGAAGAAGUGAAGGGGCUUGUAAGGGAGGUUAUAAAGGAAGUAGUGAGGGAGAUUGUACCUUACCAAGGGCUAGCAGGAGCCCCAGGAAGAAUCCCCGGUCUGACCAUAGUCAUCAUUUCUUCCCUUCUGACAACUCUGUAAAUCAAUCUGCUAGGCAAAAUCAUUCCAAGCUCUCUGCUGUGGGGAAACUCAAGAUGGCUAGCCCCAAAGUCCGUCGGCUAUCUGCCCCCAGCAUCAAGAACCUCAGUCUCCCCCACAAAAGCCUGCGACAGUCCAUCAACCGAAGUGCCAGUCUUUCCCCGGACGGUAAGACUUCAGGCUUUGAGCGAACGUCUUCAUUCCUUUCCUCUUCCCCUCCACGGUCUUAUCACUCUAUCAGUCGGACUCCAAGCCAGAGCUCCACAUGCUCAUCCACAAAAUCUGCCAUCCAGGGGUUUGUCAGUGGCCGGAUCUCUGAUCUCCUUAAGGAAAGGUCCACCAGCCCCACUUCAGGAGGACUGGACGAAAUGUCCUCACUUCCUUCACCAUACAGCCGGGUGACUGAACCCCGUGUGCCCAGUCACAUGAGCGGACAUGCCAGUGACACCACCAGUGUGUUGAGUGGUGAUUUGCCACCUGCUAUGGGAAAGACAUCUCUGCAUUUCUCUAACCGGAAUAGCAUGGUGAGCAGCGGCUAUGACAGCAUGGUGAGGGACAGUGAAGCCACAGGCAGCAGCACCUCUAACAGAGAUUCUGUCAGUGAUAGGAGCGGCUCUCUCCUCAGUGUGGCUUGCAGCAGCAGAUCAUCCCGGAGAAGAGGCAACACAGGUACUCACCAGCGUCUUCUUUCCCACGAUACAUCUCUCCCAAUGAGACGCUCAACUAGCGGUCUGCGCUCUCGCUGGGUGGACCGUGGAAUCCCAGAGGCCUACGAGAUCAAGGUCUAUGAGAUUGACAAUGUGCAGUGGAUGCAGAAAAGAGCAGGUGCUGGCAAACAGGGGCCAGCAUGCUUCAGUGCCAAGCUGAAGUUUUUGGAGCACCGUCAGCAGAGGAUCUCAGACGUCCGGGCCAAGUACAACAACCUGAGGAGAGAGCUGGAACAGGCCAAACAGAACCUCCUGCUGGAGCCCGCCAAGUGGAACCAAGAGUUCGACCUAUGGCAGACUUUCGAGGUGGACUCCCUGGAGCACCUGGAGGCCCUUGAGGUGGUGACGGCUCGGCUUGAGAACAGGGUCAACCUCUGCAAGGCCAACGUCAUGAUGGUCACCUGCUUCGACGCCUCCACCAGGAGACGGCACAGGAAGCGGCGGCGAACAGCGACUAAGCCGAAAGCCUUCAAAGCCAAUUGA